CAUCAUUUGCUACGAGCCAAUGGUUCAGACGCGGAUGGACCCUUCAGGAACUGCUGGCUCCUCGCACCAUUUUGUUCUACACUCGAACCUGGUCGCUCUACAAAAACAUCGAAUCAUCGAAUCAUAAAGCAAACGGUGUUGUACUAGAAGAACUUGCGAAGGCAACCGGAAUAGCGUCUCAUUUCCUAGCUGACUUUAUGCCAGGUAUGGAGGACGCACGCUCGAGACUUCAAUGGGCAUCGUCACGUCGUACCACUCGCCCCGAGGACAUUGCCUAUUCGCUUUUUGGCAUUUUCAAUCUCCAUUUACCUGUCCUCUAUGGGGAAUCUGCCGAAUUCUCCCUGGGUCGCCUCCUAGCAGAAGUCAUAUCACAGUCUGGGGAUAUCUCAAUUCUAGACUGGGUUGGGGAGGCAUCGAUGUUUCAUAGUUGUUUCCCGGCACGCAUCACCUCGUACCAAACGUUGCCUGUUCCACCAUCAGAUACGGAAGAGCAGUCGUCGACAGCGAGUCGACAGCCUACAUCAUCCAAAGCACUGCGAAAGCUGUAUCGGUCUCCCCAACCACGAUUCAUGAACCGCCGCCUCACGUUGUCAUGUUUCUCCCAUCGUGUUACAACGGUCUUGCUGAAGAGCACAGAUCCGUCCUCGUCAAGUUAUACGUAUGAAAUCCACGCAUCCGGCUUGCAGCCACUUGAGAUUACACUGUCGGAAGAGCUUGAAAAUACGGCAUGGUCGCCAGGAGAGCCAGAAAGUGCGACUGGUGCCCUGCAGCUUGUUCGCCCUUUGCAUUCGAAGUCGCUUAGUCGAUCCGCCAAGCUAGACGCCGCUGCUACGGAACAGUUGCUCGUAACACUGGGACGACCAUUUAACGCCCUUCUGUUAACUGAACUGCCUCACAACGAGUACAAAAGGAUUGCGUCCUCCACACUUAUCGCCGCUCAGCCCGUAGACUCGACCAGCAUCCUUCAAAGCAAAAUCAGGACAUUCAAUAUUGUAUAGGUAGUCACAGUGUUGUGAUAUCAGGGCGAGUACAUCACGACAGCAUGACAAAUGUUGAUACGAUAGAUCGGUGGUCCGUCUCUUGUAUUGUCGUUUGUACCUUCUCAUCUGUUGUUGCACAACACGAUAUGAUGAAUUAGGAUAUGCAUCUUUGAG